UUGUUUUUCCAGUCCCUACGAACCUUCAAGAAAUUCUUCCCGAACAACCUGAAACUGAUCCAUCUCCACCUAUAUAUAACCACGAAACUCUGCUAAUCCGUCACAACACAACACAAGCAACCAUUGAAACAAUCGAAACAAACUAACCAACACAAUUACCAGCAUUAACUGAUUUCAUCCUGUUCCAUGAGAGCUAUUCUACUACCAGCAUUUUUGUUUCUCUUCUUUUCCGGACAAUGUUCCGGGUCUUUGCUAUCUUUACUCGACCAUCAUCCCGACCCAAUGGGUACCAGUUUGCUAUCCGAUCUCAUGCGGUCUGACAUAUUUACCAAUCCCUUUAAGGAACUAGAGCAGAUCCCAUUCGGGAUCGAACGCGACGACGAAGUUAUCGUGUCGCCGGCUAGGGUCGACUGGAAGGAGACAAGUGACGGUCAUGUGAUCACAAUGGAUGUUCCUGGAAUGAAGAAAGAAGAGUUGAAGAUUGAGGUUGAGGAGAAUAGGGUUUUGAGGGUUAGUGGGGAAAGGAAGAGAGAGAAGGAGGAAAGAGAUAGUGGUGAUCACUGGCACCGGUGCGAACGGUCGUAUGGGAAGUUUUGGAGACAGUUUAGGUUGCCGGAGAAUGUUGACUUGGAUAAGGUGAAUGCUAAGCUUGAGGAUGGAGUGUUGACUGUUUCGAUCGGGAAGUUGGCGCCGGAUCGUAUCAAAGGAUCGAAGGUGGUGAGUAUUGGUGGUGGAGAACCGGAGCGGUUGGCUGCGGCAGAGACGAAGUCGGAACUUUGAAUGGGUGUAGGUGGUUCUGGUUAAAGGGUUUGUUGAGUGUUGUAUUUUGUUGUUGAGUGAGAUCGUUGUGAUAAAACAAAAUGUAAAAUAAAAACAUAAUACAAUCUUAUAACUUUUUGUUAAAAUCUACUUCUGAAA